GGAAAAUGAAAAAGAAAUUAUGACGCUAAAGAGCUUACAGAAGAAGCAACUAUCUGAGUACAGCAAGUUCUUGGGGAAGACGCAAAAAAUCCAAUUUCUUACUCGAAACUCUCUCUAUAAAAAGCCCAGAACUUAUAUCUCAUCACCCAGUAAAUCAACUGUCUGAAAUUCACAAAAUCAGACACAUAAUCCGCCAUGUUUUCUUCAAUCUCCGAGAUGUCGCAGACAGCCUCCACUUUGUUCUCCGCUUACGCCUCCAUCAUGGGUUCCAUCAUGCUCUUCCGUUCCAUGGCUUACGACAUCAUACCGCCGGAGCUCCGGUCAUAUAUCGCCAAACUCUUCGCUUUCUUCUUCGCCCUUCCAGCCCCUUCAAACCUAACCGUCACCGUCGACGAGCUCUGCGGCUUGACGCCGAACGAGGUGUACAGCGCCGCCGAGAUUUAUCUUCACACCAAGAUCAGCUCCAAAACGGAGCGUCUCAAGGUCAGCAAGACUCCGCGGCAGAAGACCUUUACUAUCUCGAUGGAGAAAGGAGAAGAAAUCACCGAUUUCUUCGAAGGUAUUCAGUUAAAAUGGAAAUAUAUUCACGAAGAGCCACGCGAAAAUCACGGCUCUGCAAAAAAAUACUUCGAGCUCUGCUUUAGUAAGAAGUUUAAAGACAAAGUAAUGGAAGUUUACUUGCCUUACGUCAUCGCCCAAGCAGAGAAGAUCAAGAAUGAGAGGAAGGUGGUGAAGUUGUACAAUCGGGAAUGUCCGUACUACGACGAGGAGGAAGCAUGUGGUUCGGGCAUGUGGGGUUUUGUCAAUCUCGAGCAUCCUGCAACUUUCGAUACGUUGGCCAUGGACGAGGAUCUGAAGAAGAUGAUUAUUGACGAUUUGAAUAGGUUUAUAAGGAGAAAAGAGUUUUAUAAGAGAGUUGGGAAAGCUUGGAAACGUGGUUAUUUAUUGUACGGACCUCCUGGUACGGGUAAAUCAAGUUUGAUCGCCGCCAUGGCUAAUUACCUCAAGUUUGAUAUAUACGAUUUGGAGCUUACAAGCGUUUCUUCUAACUCUGAGUUGCGGAGGAUUUUGCUUUCCACCACAAACAAAUCAAUACUGGUGAUUGAGGAUAUAGAUUGCAGCAAUGAAAUGAAAGAUCGGGAAGACGAUGACAAUGAUAACGCUUAUGAGAAGAAGUUGACGCUUUCUGGUAUGCUGAAUUUCAUUGACGGUUUGUGGUCGAGCUGCGGCGACGAGAGAAUUAUCGUCUUCACCACCAACCACAAGGAGCGGCUUGACCCAGCUCUCCUCCGGCCGGGCCGAAUGGACGUUCACGUCAAUUUGUCCUACUGCACGCCUCAAGGGUUCAGGACCUUGGUUUCUAAUUACUUAGGCAGUGCCGGCCGGAACCACGCGCUCGCCGGAGAAAUCGAAGAGCUAAUAAAGAGCAUGGAAGUCACCCCGGCGGAGAUUGCGGAGGAGUUGAUGAAGGAUGACGAUGCCGAGAUUGUCCUCAGAGGACUCCUCAAUUUCUUGAAACGUAAGAAGGUGGAAAGAAGCGAGAUCCAGAAAGUAGAAGAUCAUCAGCCGCCGGAAACGAAGGCGGUGAGCAGGACUGAAACUGAUGAUGAUGACGAAGAAUAGAAAAAAGAAGAGGAAGAACUUAAUUAAGGCGCCCUCAUGAAAAUCGAGUAGAGAGAAACAGAGCUUACCCACCAAAGCUCUUAAAGUGCCAUAAGAGACAGAGAGCUAUGAGGAAAUGACAUGAGAGAAAAAGGACUUUUUCGUGUUGUAGAAAUAUAUAUAUGUAUAUAUAGCUGUAUGAAUGUACGUACGUAUUGUAUGUUACAUAAGAAUAUGAGAUCAGAUUUUGGGGAUAAGUUUGAAAAUUGAAGGAAAUGUACAACAACGAUUAUUUGAACGAAUUACUACCUAUUUGUAUA